AGGCCACUGCUUAAGCUUCCCCUCCCUCUAAGCCCAGCUUCCUGCCUCCCCACAAGCAGGACCAGGAUGGCCCUCUGCCGGGACCUCUUGCUCUGCGCUGCCUUGGCCCAGCUGGUGUCUCUGGGGGCAGCCUUCCACUUUGUCAGGGAAAGCACAGAUGACCUCAAAGCUCUCCGGGUCUCCAUUUCCAAAUAUCCGCCCAUCCGAGCCGUCCUGUCUGGCAGCCUCACCAUCCCCUGCCACAUCACCUACCUGCGGCCACUGCCCACUGCCGACACAGCCAGCCGCCACGGGGUUCGGGGCACCCUCCGAGUAAAAUGGACCUUCCUUGCUGACGGCAAAGAGGCCGAGAUCCUUGUGGCCCGGGGCCUGAAGGUCAAAGUCAGCGAAAUCUACCGCAACCGAGUCUUCCUGCCCUUCUACCCUGACUCGCCCACGGAUGCCACCCUGGUCCUGAGUGAGCUGCGCUCCAACGACUCCGGGUUGUAUCGCUGUGAUGCUCAACACGGGAUUGAGGAUGGGCAGGAUUCCCUGGAGGUGAAGGUGAAGGGUAUCCCAUCCAUGCCCCUCGCGAAGCCUGCUAUGGAGACAUGAAUGGCUUCCCGGGAAUCCGCAAUUACGGUGUAGUCGAUCCAGAUGACACGUACGACGUCUACUGCUACGCUGAAGAACUUUAUGGGGACCUGUUUGUGAUGACGUCCCCAAGGAAAUUCACCUGGGAAGAGGCCAAAGCCGCAUGUGAAUCGCUGAGGGUGGAGAUGGCCACCACCGGCCAGCUCUAUGCCGCCUGGAACCAAGGGAUGGAUCACUGCAACCCCGGCUGGCUGGCAGACGGCAGCGUGCGCUACCCGAUUGUGACGCCCCGCGAGAAGUGCGGAGGGAACAUGCCCGGCGUCAAAACCCUCUUCCUCUUCCGCAAUCAGACGGGAUUCCCGGAUCCCCAGAGCAAGUUCGAUGUGUUCUGCUUCAGAGAGGAGACCAGCCCCUCCCUGGAGUCUCCCGUCCCCGAGGCAGAGGGCAGCAAGGAGAUCACAACGGUGACCCAGAAGAUGGAGGAGCUGCAGCUGCCCGAGAGAGAGCCUGAGGUGGCCAAGGAGUCCAGGGGGGCCAUUUACUCUGUGCCCCUCUUGCAGGACCCCCUUGGGGUGCCAGAGGAGCCGAGCAGGGCCUUUGAGGGGGCAGCCACCCCAGACCCCCAGGAGGAGGGUGGCCCAGGCGGUUGUGACAGGCGGAGCAGAGGCCAAGAAGAGCGGGAGGAAAGCGGUGGCAGCUGUGACAGGCGACAUGGGCCUG